AAACCAUUCGUUGCGAGAGAGCUUGACACACUUUCCACCAAGAUGCAGAUCUUCGUGAAAACCCUAACGGGUAAGACGAUCACCCUCGAGGUGGAGUCUUCCGACACAAUCGACAAUGUCAAAGCAAAGAUCCAAGACAAGGAAGGAAUUCCACCAGACCAACAGCGUCUCAUCUUCGCCGGAAAGCAGUUGGAAGACGGCCGCACUCUCGCCGACUACAACAUCCAGAAGGAAUCAACUCUCCACCUUGUCCUCCGUCUCCGCGGUGGCGCUAAGAAGCGUAAGAAGAAGACCUACACCAAGCCAAAGAAGAUCAAGCACAAGCAUAAGAAGGUGAAGCUCGCUGUUCUUCAAUUCUACAAGGUUGAUGAUUCUGGAAAGGUGCAGAGGUUGAGGAAGGAGUGUCCUAAUGCUGAGUGUGGUGCUGGAACUUUCAUGGCGAAUCAUUUCGAUCGUCAUUACUGUGGUAAGUGUGGACUCACCUACGUUUACCAGAAGGCUGAAGCUUGAGUUUCUAUAUUUUAGUUUUGCGUUUUGUUUUGGCUGAACUUUUUAAUGUUUUGGUUUUAAUGGAUUCGUUUUGAAACUUUUAAUAUUUUGUUAGUUGAAUAUAAAAUAUCAGAUUCUGAUAUGUUUUGAAUUAUGAUUGUUGUGG